AUUCAGGUAGGGCAGAAAAUACCACAAGAGGUUCAGAAAAAAUGGAGUAAAAUAAUUCAGAGUAUAGUGGAGGACGAUGAAGACAUAAGUUACAUAACUGUAGAUGAUAUGCGCAUGAUACAGCCCGAUAUAUUCAAUAUUCUCAUAAUAAUGAUAAAACUUAUAGGAAUUGAUUAUGAUGAAUAUAAGGAAGAAAUACAGGAAUAUAGAGACAGGCUACAAAAUCUAGAACUAACGGAUAAGUCUUACAACGAAUAUCAUUUUAUACGAGAGAUUGAAGACUGUGUAUAUGAGAUAUUUUCUCAGAUAAAAAGAGAAUGCCAAAAGGAUAAAAUACUUGCAGAUGGAUGCUCUAUGCCUUCUAUCUUUUCUAAAAAUGAAAUAAUGAUCUAUUAUGUGGACUUUGAGGGUUAUAAUAUUCAGAUUGUGAAUAACGCAAACCAUUUGGCUGGGCGCAUAACGAUUUGUUAUAAAACCCUAACCCGAGAACAACGAAUAUGUAUUCAUUUUGUGUCAUCUGAAAAAGUUCAUUUAGGAGUUGGUAAAUCAUAUUAUUCGGAUUAUCCUGAGUUACUGAGAGAAAUAAAUAAGAUGCCAAAAAACAGCUAUAGUAUACAUGUUCUUUCUGAAUAUGUAGAAGCCAUAAACCCAAUCGAUCCAUAUUAUGCAAAACGGCACAUAAUCCCCAGAAUGCAUGGAAUAUUCAGAAUGCGCGAAUAUAACCCGAAUAACCCGAAUAUUUUACAAUAG